ACAAACUGCUAUCUCACUUUCUUUUCCACUGCCGCCUGCACCAAAGCAAACCAGUGAACACCCGUCAGCGGAUCACAUAUUUGUUUAGUCUCGAAAUUCCUCCAAGAAGCCUGCUUACCCAGUGCAUAUAGUCAAUCCCGCAGUCAACCAGCCCCCAACGACAUGGACGACAUCAGUGACAUCCAUUUCGGACCGCUACCACCGGAUUCACCGUACGUCAAACCAUUCCGCUUCCACUACACCCAGAACGGAAAGGCCAAAUCGUGGGAUCUGCUCAAAGUGCACGAUUCCGUUGCGAUCAUCAUUUUCAACAUCACCCGGCAGCGGCUGGUUUUCGUGAAGCAGUUCCGACCCGCUGUCUAUCACGGACUGGUACACGCGGAAGCGGGAGACGAUGGGACGAAGAUUGACAUGAAAAAGUAUCCACCGGCGCUGGCGAUGACCUUGGAACUGUGCGCUGGUAUCGUGGACAAACCCAUUCCCUGGGUCGAGAUUGCCCGGGAGGAAGUGCUCGAGGAGUGCGGCUACAACGUGCCCGUAGACCGGAUGGAGGAGAUUAUGGGUUUUCGGUCCGGGGUUGGCACGUCCGGAUCGCUGCAGAAGAUGUUUUACGUGGAGGUUACGGAUGAUGAUAAGGUUCCAAGUGGUGGGGGUGGAGUGGACGAUGAGAUUAUCGAGGUGGUGGAAUACAGCUUGGAAGAUGCUCGAAAGCUGGUGCAAAAGGGGAACAUGCUGAACAGCCCACCAGGAUUUUUGGUUGGAGUACUUUGGUUUCUGGCCAAUCGGGCGCCGGGCUGCAAAGCCUAGAGGCUGAUCCCAUUAGUUCCUUGAUUCUGUUGAAGUGAUUUAGUCGAACGUAAGAUUUAUUAGAAUCUGCACCGAGUGUAAUACACACAAGUCUCGCGGUUUUUUCUCAAAUGGACGACUCUUUUUAACAGUUUUUCAUGCAGUGGGUGCCUUCCACGUAAGAAGCGACUUGAGUAUAUUAAUAUGCUUACCCUAAUCGGUUUAUAAAAAUUAGCUACAACACAAAAAUUGUACCAAAACCGCUGCGUCGGUAAUAAAAAAUUUUUCAAAACUAUCAUUCGAUUACUUCAUAGCUUUUCCAUUA